AUGGCAGACCGUUUCUUUCCCAACGAAAUGCCUGAUUUCAUCCCAGAAACACCCGAAUCAUCAGCCUCCGAAAGAUCCGAAGAUUCGCUCACCAAGCUUCUCUCUCUUCCUUACAAGACACUCGCUGAAAGACUCAAUCGAGCAGCUCUGGACCUAAAACAAACUGUUGUGAAGGAGACAUGGGGGAGCAGUGGGAGACGCGUACAUGACGACUGUAUUCUCUACACUGGGGUUCUUGGAACUGCUUUCUUGCUCUUCAAAGCUUACCAAAUUAGUAACAACAAAGAUGAUCUUAAUCUCUGCUCUCAGAUUGUUAAGGCCUGUCACACUGCAUCUCGCAGUUCUGGGUGCGUGACAUUUAUCUGCGGCCAGGCUGGUGUAUGUGCUCUUGGUGCUGUUGUGGCAAAGCACAGUGGUGAUGAACGACUGUGCGAUCAGUAUUUAACCAAAUUUAAAGAGAUUAAACUUCCUAAAGAUCUUCCAAAUGAAUUACUAUAUGGGAGAGCAGGGUUCUUAUGGGCAUGCUCAUUCUUAAAUAAGAAUAUAGGAAAAGAUACCAUAUCUUCUUCCCGCACAAGACCUGUUGUGGAUGAAAUUAUCAAGUCUGGUAGAAGAUUGGCAAAUAAGGGAAGAUGCCCGUUGAUGUAUGAAUGGCAUGGGAAGAAGUACUGGGGAGCUGCCCAUGGAUUAGCUGGGAUUAUGCAUGUUUUGAUGGACAUGGAACUGAAGCCUGAUGAGGUGGAGGAUGUCAAGGGUACAUUACGCUAUAUGAUCAAAAAUCGCUUCCCUAGUGGCAACUAUCCUUCAAGUGAAGGAAGUGGAUCAGACCAUCUUGUACAUUGGUGCCAUGGUACUCCUGGAGUUGCUCUUACCCUUGUGAAAGCAGCUGAGGUUUUUGGAGAUGAGGAGUUCCUCAAGGCAGCCGUAGAUGCAGGGGAGGUGGUAUGGAACCGGGGAUUGCUUAAACGGGUUGGGAUUUGUCACGGCAUCAGUGGGAAUACCUAUGUGUUUCUUGCACUUUACCGAUUAACUGGCAAAGUAGAGUUCUUGUACAGGGCCAAAGCUUUUGCUUGCUUUCAUCUUGAUAAAUCUCAAAGGCUUAUAUCAGAGGGCAAAAUGCACGGAGGCGAUCGACCCUAUUCACUGUUUGAAGGCAUUGGAGGGAUGGCUUAUUUGUUUCUCGACAUGACUGUUCCAUCUGAGGCUCGGUUUCCCGCUUAUGAGCUUUAAUUUACAUGAUAUAAACUAAAGGUAUGCCUAUCACUUGUGCAUGAAGACUUGAAUGUUUUGUCUAUAUAUAAAAGAAAAUCAAUGUUUAUGAUAGUUUUGUGUUGACAAUUAGGUUCUA